AUGAUGAUGAUGAAUCAAUACGAUUGUUUAAAUAAAGCUCAAUUAAGCUUUGAAUAUUUGCAUACAAAUUCAACUACACAUACAUUUCUUUUUGGUGCAUUAGCUGAAUUAGUUGAUAAUUCAAGAGAUGCUGGCGCAACAAAUCUUGAUAUUUAUACACGAAAAGAUCCAUCUUUACGUGGAGGAUUUUAUUUGGCAUUUUUGGAUGAUGGUUGUGGAAUGCAUUACGACGAUGUGUUCAAUGUAAUUGUUUUUGGUAAAUCUGGAAAACGACAUACGCUUGAUUCUAAUCAAAUUGGUCAAUAUGGUAAUGGUUUGAAAUCCGGUGCUAUGCGUAUAUCAAAUGAUUUUAUAUUAUUUACAAAAAAAGAUAAUAUUGGUACAUGUUUAUUUCUUUCACGUACAUUUCAUCAAGAAGAACAUAUAACUCAAAUAAUGUGUCCAAUGCCUUGUUUUGAUUUAAUCACUCAACAACCAAUUGAAAAUACUGAUAAUGAACAAAUAAAUGGUACACGUACAUAUACGUAUGAUAAAACUAAACAUGAACUUGAAAUGUAUUUAAUCACAAAAUAUUCUCCAUUUAAAACAAUUGAUGAUUUAUUUAAACAAUUUAAUUUAAUUACAUCUUCAAGUGGAACAUUAAUUGUUCUAUAUAAUGUGAAAUUAUCUGAUACCGGUGAAGCAGAACUUAAUAUAAAAACAGAUCCAUAUGAUAUGUUAAUUGAUUCAAAAAAUCGAAGAAAUCUAUUUGAUGAUAAUGAUGAUAGUAUACCACCUGAAUAUCGUUCAUUUCGUGCAUAUGUUUCAAUUCUUUAUUGUGAACCACGUAUGCGUAUAACAAUUCAACAACGACGUGUUAUAACAAAAAGAUUACCACAUACAUUAUAUAAACCUCGUCAAUAUCAAUUUAAAUCUACACGUUUUAAAACACGUUCCGAACAAGAAAUAAAAAAGUGUGAACAAGAACUUGAAUCAUUAGAUGAACGUAUACGUGAAGCUGAUUCGCAAGUUCAUGAUAUACAACAACGAUUGGGUAUAACAUAUACAAUUGAUGAACGUACACGCUUAAGAAAAUUACAGAUUCAUGCAGCUGAUUUAAAAGAUAUUGCAAAUCGUUUACGUACUGGACUUUUAAGGAAAAAAUCGGAAUUAAAUACAACAAAAAUUUUAACAUUUACAUUCGGAUUAAAUAUACAAAAUCGUGCAGCUGAUGGAGUUUUCGUUUAUAAUUGUGGACGACUUAUUAAAAUGUAUGAAAAAAUUGGACAACCAAAUAAAAAAACUUUAUAUUGCCGUGGUGUUAUUGGUAUUGUUGAUGUUCCUUCAAUAGUACUUGAACCUACACAUAAUAAACAAUCAUUUGCUGAUGAAAAAGAAUAUCAUUUUUUACUUAAAAAUAUAGGAGAAUAUAUGCGACAAUAUUGGACUGAUACUGGCGUGGAACAUUAUAUUAAAGAAUUUUGGGAAACUUAUGGUUAUCGAGAUGAUCAACUUGAUCGACCACCAUCCAAUGAUUCUGAAGCAAUUAAACGUCGCCAAGUAGCUGUCCCUAUGCUUAUUCAAUGUAAUAAAUGUUUAAAAUGGCGACGUUUACCUUAUUCUACUAAUACAAUGCCAUUAACACAAGCACAACUUGAAUCAUGGCAAUGUUCUAAUAAUACUGAUAUUCUUAAUAAUUCAUGUUUAUUAAAUGAAAAACUUGAAGGUAUACCAGAAGGUGAACUAAAACAAAAGUCUCAAGAAAUAAAUAAUCAAAGUCGUGUAUUAUCACGAGCACCUUCACCAUUAACUCGAUCUUCAACAAAUAAUAAACGUAUAUCAAAUGCUGAAAUUUCAUCAACAACAUUGAAUGCUACUUCAAAACUAUCGACUCAUUUAAGUAAUGCUUCAUCGUCAUCAUCAUCAUCAACAACAAAUUCUCAAAAACGCUCUAUUUCGACAUCUCGUUCAUUAUCAACAAAAGCAAAACCGAAAAAGAAAAUAAAACGACGUAUUAUAAAAACUCAUGAUACUACUAAUGACGAUGAUGACGACGACGACGAAGAAGAAGAAACUUCCUUAUUAACUACUGAACAAACAUCACGUUCAAAUAAUCAACAAACAUCAUUAUUAGAUUCUGUCACAUCAACCAAUUAUGUACAAAUACUUGAUGAUGAUAACGAUACUGAAAAUAUUGAUCAGUCAGAAAUAAUUACAGUUGGUCCUCUUCCACCUCCAACAAUAGGUGCACGUGUAUCAGCAAUGUAUCAAGGUGCUCGACGUCCUGGUCAAGUUAUAAAUGUAAAUGAUAAACGUGGCAUAUUUAAAAUGCGUUUUGAUGAAUUUCCAUCACCUGAAUUCGAUUAUUCAUUCAGUUAUAAAUCAUCAGCAUGGUCUUAUGUGGGUACUCCACCACCAUCAACAACAACGAGAUCAUCGAUUGAUGAAACGAAUACAAAUGAAAAUGAACCUUUAUUUACUAUUGCAAAGAAAUUUAAAGCUUUAAUUAAAUUUAUGUUACCACCUGAUUGGGAAUUAACACGUGAACAAGUAACAUCAAUGAAUUAUGAUGAUCUUAGUCGAUUUGAUGUAGGAGUUUUUAUGCAAUCUUAUCGAGAAAAAAUGACAAAAAUUGUUGAACAACGGAAAGCUGAUGAAGCACAUUGGCGUACAUUAGCUCAACGUUUACAAACCGAAGUAACCGAACUACUUAAUCUUUCUGGAAAGUCAAUUCCAAUUGAUUGUUCCAUGGAAGAUUUCGAACAACGUAUUCAAAAUUAUAGUACACAAGUUGAAAAACCACAUUAA